CCAAAAAGUUUAUAUCAACAUUAUUAUGUAUCGACUUAAACCGUCCUAAUACUUUUGGUUAAUAUUGAAAUUUAAGUCAGUUUUAUCAUCAAAGCGGACUUUUAUUGGUCAAUUUGGCUUGCAGCGUGUCAGGUUUUCUAUUUAUUCAAGUAUUUAUACAGAUAAUUCACGGUCAGAUGAAAUAAAUCACAAGUACCUCCUUUGUACGUCAUUAACCCGAUAGGUUAUAAACAUUUUAGAAAGUGGAAAUCGGAUCAGUACCGGUAGAUGUUUUUGUAAUCAACAGAUCGCUUUUGUACAAAAUACUUAAACAAUAGCUAGUUCAUGUUCUGGAACUGAUUGCGUUACGCCCUUAAUUGACUGGAGCCGUUAUAAAAAUUCUAACAGUUUAUAUGCAUGGUUUGGGAAUAAAUGCAAUUUCCAGCGCAAAAGAAAGCGAAAUGAACAUAGUAGCCAACGACGUCCAAGAAAAGCAAAUAGAAAUAGAUCAGAGUACGCCAAGAAGGAGGAAACUUGCAGUUGCUCAUCACAACAAUGGUAUGAUUUUUGACGCCAAUGGCAAUACCCACCAAAUUCAACGUCUAGACAGUGUGUCCGAAACGGUACCGGACGUACCGAGUCACUGGACAGAAAAAGACGAAAAUGAAAAUGAAGAACGUAACUCUGCCUUGUGGGAACACUCUGUACUUCAGCAAAUUCAAAGUCUGAUGAGAAACGUACAGGUUUCAGAAAGCCUUGCAGACUAUAUUAAUAAAGAAAUUCUGAAUGGUACAGACAUAAAUGCAAAUGUGGGACACAGGACCCGAAGAAAAAGUUGCUUCAGUUUUAACAAUGAAACACACUCUCAAACUUCAAGACGACAGUCCGUGGCAAAUCUUUAUCAGAAUAAAUCAAAGUCCUUGCCGAGGACCAACAUCAACAAUGGCGCACUAAAUGAUGCACGAAAAGGAAGGCGAAGUAGUGUGGUGCAUAGCAACGGUCGCCGAAUCAGCAAUGCCGGUCAAAGUCAAGGCCGCAGAGGUAGUGUAGUCAAUCAGCAUGGUGGAAGAAGGUGCAGUGUUGUUCAUUCUAAUGUUCAAAUUACCAGUUCCAGUAGCCGGAGAAAUAGCGUGGCCCACUUAAGCAGGCGUCGAAGCAGUUUAGCACAUGCAUAUCAACACAGUGCAAUGUCCAGUUUACGUAAAAUGAGUAGCGUAAAUGAUAAUUUUGUGGAAGUGCCAAUCAACGCUGUUCCUCAACGACGUAGAAGCAGUGUAAAACCACCGUGUUUUCCGGUAACGAAAAUCUCCAGUGUUCAGAAGCGUCUUCAUAGAAUUUACAACAGAAGACGCAGACGACAAGACCGAGCGGAAGUGAAGAUGUCUGAUGUAAGACGCGCUUUUAAAGGGCUUAAGAAUGAGAACUAUGCAGAAACAAGUGAAAGCGAUGACAAUGCAACAAAUAACAAUGAAUGUUCUAGCGGAACUGAACAAACAGUAUCAGACGAGGACGGUGAUGUGUGUAAAGAGCAAACUAUUUCCCCAAUAGUGGCAAAGGAAACCGAGUCAGAAUUAAACGCAGUAAAUGCUAAAGGGGACAUUGUUGGUGAAUGUGUAAUAGAUAAUGUUGAUGAAGCAAAACCUAAUCCGAGAAGAAAAACGAGCAUACAAGUCAGAUCUUGGGAACUCUCUCGUAAACUAAGGCAAAGACGUAGAGAAAAGAGGAAAGGUUUCACAGAAAGUGAUUUGAUCUGAUUUCAUUUUAUAGGGAGACAUCUUAAUUAACGUAUGAGAAUGUAUGCAUAUUAAUUAAGAUAUAGAGAUACAGUAUAUGACAUUGAGCAAAGGGUAACAAUUUUAAAAAAUGUCAACAUAACUUUAUUUGUGCUGCGAAAAUGUCUUGACCUGUGUUCACAAAUAUACUUUUUCUUGCACUGUAUUUAAAGAAAAGACUUUUAAUUUUUACAAUAAAUAUUUUAUUUACAUUUCUUAAGAUAUCGAAAUCUGUGAAAUAAAAAUAAACAGCACAUGUAAAGUCGUAGUUAUUGUAAACGCGAAAUUCAAAUAAAUGUUUAACAAAAUAUUCUAUAUUUAACUAUUGGAUUAUCAUAAGAUUUUGUUGUGUCUUGUUGUUUUUAGAAAUUAUACCCGAAAGUACUAAUCGUUUGGAGUAGGUGUCAGUUAGUCAGAUGAGAUAUAAAUUAAACACUUCCCAAUAAUUUGAUAUGUACGGUGGUAUGUUUAGGACAUGCAUUUAUUUUUUUAAAGAUUAAAUUAUUUCGAGCGCACGAUAUCUUAUCUCGAGCGCACGGCAUCUUAUCUCGUGCGCACGACAUCUUAUCUCGAGCGCACGGCAUCUUACC